AAGUCUUUUAAAACUUAAUUCUUGUUUAAUUACAGGACUUUUUGUGUGUCUGUUUGAUGUGCUUUUGAGUGAAUGCCAGCUCUAAGUAGUAGUCGUUUUUACACAUGAAUUAAAGAUCAAACAUUUAAAUCCACUAUAAAUUUGGAUAACGUUUAGCUAUGAAUCAAGAUUUACAUCAAACUAACGGCAAAAAUAGCAUCAAUAGUGACAACAAUAGCAAAGAUGCCAUCACUGGUGACACCAAUUCCAGUGACAGCGACGAAGACUUGAAACACUUCCAUAAGCAGGACGACAAACACAGCGAUUCCGAGUCCAAUGGACACAACAGGCCCUCAAAUGCCAGACAUACCGCUCACUCAAAAGCUUUACGAAAAGAGAAAUUUGAUAAAAUGUCGUCAAAACGGACGACAAUGGAUGAUGUGGUGAAACGUUUGAACAAAUAUAACAACAGUAUAGACAACGACCAGAACUGUGAGCGGAGUCGGCGUCUAUUGGCCAGUGCUCUCGAUUUGUCACAAUUGGCCACUAAUUCCAGCGACGGCUCCGGUAUUCGGGAAACGGAACAAAGGCUGACAGCUAUGAUUGAACAGUUGCAGCACUUGAGACAGAAGUUGGUUAAUCAUCAACAGGUUUCGGCACAACUGAGCGCUGAGUAUAUGUCAAAACUGAUGCCUAACCUAAUGGGCGAUGAGGCGACCGCCGCCGCCGCUCAGGUCAUACUCUCACCCUUUAUGGACGGGUCGCUGAAGUUGUCGUACUCUGAGGCCAACCUUUUCAAUCAGAUGUGUCAGACAGCGGGUGUGACUCCCGCUAUGAUACACCCGAUGGCACACAUAUCGGGCACCAAAUCACCCAAUUCUUCAUCAGCCGUGACCAACAAUUAUGACACACAAUCAACGCAUCACCUCCUGAUGGGCUGUCCGUCUCCUGUCAAACACAUGUCAUACAAAGACGGCUCACUUUCCGCAGACAUCUCAUCGAAAGACAGAUACCAUAGCAGUCGUAACUCAAGUCCUUUACAAUUAGAUAGGAAUGAGACCAAUAUCACCACUAAUACCACUAAUAGCGGAUCCAAUGUCACGAAUAACGCUAAUUCUGACGCUCCGCUCAAUCUCUCGAAAUCUAAAUCAUCAAUAAUUACCACUUCUUCGCAAUCGUUUGCGUCAAAUCCAUCGGUGAUCACGAGUGGGAUUAAUGGGUGCACUAAUUAUGUCUCACAAUCAAAGCCAUCAUUUAAUAGAAAUCAUUCGCCUCUCUCUUCGCCCCCAAUCGUGCCAACAAUGAUCUCAUCCCAAUUGUCACAACUAUCUCAUCCGUCGCCGUCGACCUUCUUUGGCAGUCCGGGUCUCACAUCAAAUCAAUACUUUCAGGCAUACAAUGCUUUGGGAAUCGGUUUCAGAGGUUCUCACAUCAGUCAUGACAUGUCGUCUAUGCCUUCAAUGCAGGACAAGGCGUUCAACCCAUUCGGUCCACUAUUAUUACAGGACCUCUCAAUUCUGACGCCGACGUCAACCGUCUCUUCGGCCGCAAUCGGACUGCAAAUGGAUAGACAUCGUAAUGAAGGCCAACAGCAGCACAACGACAACACCGAUACUAUCGUCACGUGUCAGAGCAAAAUAAUGGGCGCAAAGAUUAUACGUCAACAGAAACGAGAUCAGGACGGAAAGAGUCACGUCAAGCGACCAAUGAAUGCAUUCAUGGUUUGGGCCAAAGACGAGAGACGCAAAAUAUUGAAAGCCUGUCCCGAUAUGCAUAACUCAAAUAUAUCGAAAAUUUUAGGCGCGCGUUGGAAAUCAAUGACAAACUCGGAGAAACAGCCCUAUUAUGAGGAACAGUCGCGCCUAUCAAAGCUUCAUAUGGAGAAACAUCCGGACUAUAGAUAUCGGCCGCGACCUAAACGCACGUGUAUUGUCGACGGCAAGAAACUCAGGAUUUCUGAAUACAAACAACUUAUGCGUCAGAGAAGGCAAGAUAUGAAAAAUUUAUGGUUCCAUGGUGGGUCGGCAUUUGAUUCAAUGGAAUCCACUCCAGGAGCCAAUGGUUUACCAAUGUUUCCAUCGAGUAGUGAUGGCAACGAUGACUACCAAAGUCCGUCUCCUUCCUCCUCAUUCAGCAUUGACGACAAGUCAUCGGAUCCGUCGACACUCAGAGAAUAUUCUGUUAGUCCUAAGACUGAAGACAUGGAUAACAUUUAA